UCGGGGGGCUCAAACGGGGCCCGGCGGUGACCGGGGGAUCAUCGCCGGUACCGGCAGAGGCCAAGGASGAGCGGAGCUGUUUCCGCCGCCUCAAGUACCUGGUGGAGCGGCGCUUCCCGUGCGCUGCCUGCCCCAAAGCGUUCAAACAGGCGUCGCAUCUGGUGCAGCACAUGCAGGUGCACGGGAACGGGAAUGGGAAUGGGAAUGGGAACGGGAAUGGGAACGGGAAUGGGAGCGGGAAUGGGAGCGGAACGGGGCACGGGACUGGAAACGGCACCGGGAAUGGGAGCGGCACUGGAACCAGGCACGGGACUGGAAAUGGGCACAGCACCGGGACCGGGAAUGGACACAAUACCGGCCACAGCACCGGCCACAGCCCCGGCGAGUCCCGGCCCUACGAGUGCCGCACCUGUGGCCGCAGCUACAGCCACGGCUCCAGCCUGGUGCGGCACCGGCGCUGUCACCGGGAUGUGACCGAUGAGCCCGGCAGAGCCGCACCGGGACCCGCGCUGCUCAACGGGGUCACCAACGGGGCCGGAGCGCCCAACGCCAACGGGAUGGGAGCGGUGGCCGGAGCGGCCGGUGCGGUGGCCGGAGCAGUGACUGGAGUGGUCAGCGCCGUGCCAAAUGUCGGCGGGGUGGCCGGAGCGGUCAGUGCCGCGCCGAACGUCAACGGGCUGGGCUCGGUGGCCGGAGCAGUCGGAGCCGUGGCUGGAGCGGGCAGUGUGGUCAGCGCGGUGCCAAAUGUCGGCGGGGUGGCCGGAGCGGUCAGUGUGGCACCCAGCGCGGUUAGUGCAGUGUCCGGAGCGGUCACAGUGGCACCCAGCGCGGUGGCCGGAGCGGUGGCCGGAGCGGUCAGCGCCGGCCGCGGUGUCGGUGUUGGUUCCGCUCCCGCCGCGCUCACCACCUCCCUCCCCACCACCGCUCUGGUGGCCAACGGGGUGAACUUGGUGGCCCCGGGCGUGGCGGUGGCCGUGCCCGGCGCGGUGAUCCCGGUGCCCAGCGGGGUGCUGCUGGCCCCGGGCGCGGUGCCGGUGGCCGCGGGCGGCUCGGACGGGCCGUUCCCGUGCCCGCUGUGCUGGAAGGCGUUCAAGAAGCAGAGUCACCUGGCGCAGCACCAGAUCAUCCACACCGGAGAGAAACCGUUUGCCUGCUCCGCCUGCGGCCGCCGCUUCAACCGCCGCGAGAGCCUGACUCGCCACGUGAAAACCCACGCCGGCCCGGCGCGGCGCUUACCGUGCCCGGUGUGCGGGAAGGAGUUCCGUGACGGCGCGUACCUGCUGCGGCACCAGGCGGGACACGGAGCUCCCCGAACCCCGCACCGCUGCGAGCUCUGCGGGAAAGCGUACACGGCUCCUCAGAGCCUCCUGCGGCACCGCCGGGCGCACGGGGAGAGCUCCGGUAGCACCGGGAGAGCGGCCCCGAGCACCGGGAACAGCACCGGGAGCASCCCCGGGCGCAGCUUCCCGUGCCCCGUGUGCGGCCGCGCCUUCGGGCGCAGGGAAACGCUGCGGCGGCACGAACGGAUCCACACCGGGGAGAAACCGCACGAGUGCGGCGUGUGCGGGAAGCGCUUCCGAGAGUCGUUCCACCUGCGCAAACACCGCGUGGUGCACACCCGCGAGCGGCCCUACCGCUGCGACACCUGCGGGAAAGCCUUCGGGUACCCGCAGAGCCUCACCCGGCACCGGCAGGUGCACCGGGGAGCGGGCGGCGACACAGCGGGCAGCGCGGGGGUGGGAUGCGGGGAGCGGCUGGGGAGUGCGGGGGGAAAGGAACCGAUGGUCAGUGCGGGUGUGGUCAGUGCGGGUGUGGUCAGUGCGGGGAUGGGCUGCGGGCAGUGCGGGGUGAGGGGAGCAGGGGGAAAGGAACCGCUGGUCAGCGCGGGGAUAGGAUGCGGGGAGCGGCUGGGCAGUGCGGGUGUGGUCAGUGCGG